AUGAAGGAAGGAGGGAAGGAAAACGGAAGGCAUCCAUUUUUAUUAGCAUUAAUUGUUGGUGAUAUCGACCUUAACGACCCGACAGCAAAUAAAGCAGCAACAAAAAUUCAGGCUGCGUUCAGAGGUCACCAAACAAGAAAAACAAUGAAACAGGGAGACGCAGAACCACAACAACAACAACAACAACAACAACAAAAUUUAAAUGAAGAAUUCAACGCCGAAAACAAAGAACUGUGCGAAGCCGCAAUUAAAAUUCAGGCAUCGUUUAGAGGACAUUUGGUAAGAAAAACAGCCAAUCGGAAAGACGAAGAAGAAUUAAGUAAAGAAUUGGAAAAAUUAGAUGCCAAGGCACCGGAAGAGGAAGAAUUAGACAUUGAUCUUAAUGAUCCGGAUUUACAAGUGGCAGCAACUAAAAUCCAAGCUUCGUUUCGUGGUCACAGAGUACGAAAGGAUAAACAAUCAGGUUCGAAUGAAUGA